AUUUAUUUGAUUAAGCAUAAAAGUGAUGCUUUUGAAAAAUUUCAAAUCUUUUUAAAUGAGGUUGAAAACCAAUUUGAAAUGAAGAUUAAAAGGUUUAGAAGUGAUAGAGGUGGUGAGUAUGAUUCAAAUGAGUUUAACAAAUUCAUACAAUCUUUGGGUAUUAUUCAUGAGACUACUCCUCCAUAUUCACCUUCUUCUAAUGGUGUAGCUGAACGUAAAAAUCGUACUUUAAUUGAUUUGACUAAUGCUAUGCUUGUUAGUUCAUGUGCAUCAUCUAAUUUGUGGGAUGAAGUUGUUUUGACUGCAUGUUAUAUUUUAAAUCGUAUUCCUAAUAAGAAGACUAACCUGACUUCUUUUGAGUUGUGGAGAGGCUAUAAGCCAAAUCUUAGCUAUCUCAAAGCUUGGGGAUGCUUGACUUAUGUAAGAUUGACAAAUCCAAAAAGACCAAAGUUGGGUGCAAAAGCUGCGACAUGUGUAUUUAUUGGGUACGCAACUACAAGUAAGGCAUAUAGAUUCCUUGAUCUUGAUUCUAAUGUUGCUAUUGAAUCUGUAGAUACUAUAUUUCAUGAAGAUAAAUUUCCUUUUAAACUUAAGAAGGAUGGAAGUCAUGAUUUUACAAAACAAAAUGAUUUUGAACCUAGUUCCUCAAUUUCAUCUCAUUUUCAAAACCAAGAGAACAUGGAUUUUGAACCUAGGAGAAGUAAAAGAACACGUAAAGAAAGAGAUUUUGGUUCAGAUUAUUAUGUAUAUAAUGUAGAUGGAGAACCAUUGUCUUUUCAAGAAGCUUUAACUUCUUCUAAUUCUGAUUUUUGGAAAAAAGCUAUUAAUGAUGAAGUGGAUUCUUUGAUUUCUAAUAAAACUUGGAAGUUGGUAGAUUUACCUCCUGGUUGUAAAACAAUAGGAUGUAAAUGGGUUUUGAGAAAAAAACUUAAACCGGAUGGAACCAUAGAUAAAUAUAAAGCAAGACUUGUUGCAAAAGGUUUCAAACAAAAGGAGGAACUAGACCUUUGUGAUACUUUUUCACCUGUAACAAGAGUGACUUCCAUUAGAGUACUUAUAGCUGUAGCCAUCAUUCAUAACAUGCUCAUCCAUCAAAUGGAUGUUAAAACAGCAUUCUUAAAUGGAGACUUGCAUGAGGAAAUUUACAUGGAUCAACCUGAAGGUUUUGUUAUGCUUGGCCAAGAGGACAAGGUAUGUAAAUUGACUAAAUCUCUUUAUGGUCUGAAAUAAGCUCCAAAACAAUGGCAUGAGAAAUUUGAUAGUUGCUUGAUUGAAAAUGGUUUUAAAUCAAGUGAAAGUGAUAAAUGCAUAUAUUUUGGAAUUUUCAAUAAUUGUUAUGUUAUUAUAUGUUUGUAUGUUGAUGAUCUCUUGAUUUUUGGUUCAAGCUUAGAGGUGAUUAACACUAAAGUCAUUGUUAAAUAAGCAUUUUGACAUGAA